AUGGCCAAGAAGGCGCGUCAGAGGAUAAGCUAUGUCCUAGAUCUCCCGAAUUCCUCCCCUGGCGGCCACAGGCUGGGCGUCAAUGGCCUUGCCGUUGACCGCGACAAUGCUAUUCUAUACUCCGGCGGCCGCGACGGCGUGGUUUGCGCCUGGGACCUGAACCUUGACCUCAAGACCGGCUGCCACUCCUCAGUCGUUAACCCGACCGCAUCGAAGACGACCACCCGCUUCCGCGCGCAGACCCAGGCGCAUACACACUGGAUCAACGACAUCGCACUAGCCCAGAAUCACGGCGCCCUCGUCUCUGCCUCGUCGGACUUGACGGUCAAGGUGUGGCGACCGCACGGCAAUGACAACAAUGAGCCCGCCACCAUCGGGCAACAUGCGGAUUACGUGAAGUGCCUGGCGACGCCGGACCAGAACACAGACUGGGUCGCGUCGGGUGGCCUCGAUCGCAAGAUCUAUUUAUGGGACCUCAGCGGCAAGGGGAAGACGCUGGAGAUCGAUGCUAGCGGCGAGGAGUUCACCGAGAAGGGAAGCGCCUAUGCGCUGAGCGUCAAUCACCAUAUCCUUGCUAGCGGUGGGCCCGAGAGCAUCGUUCGGUUGUGGGAUCCUCGGACAGGGAAGCGCAUCACCAAAUUUGUUGGACAUACCGACACUGUGCGGGCUAUUCUCCUCAACGAGGCUGGAGACACUGUCAUCACCGCCAGUUCGGACCAGACCGUUAAAGUGUGGAGUGUUACCGCGGGGAGAUGCACACAUACGCUCACAAUGCACAACGACAGCGUAUGGUCCAUGUUCUCGGACGACCCGGAUCUGGGUAUCUUCUACAGCAGCGACCGCUCGGGGCUCGUGGUCAAGACGGACGUGCAAGGGACGCACGGCGAGCUGGAUUAUGGCCUCUCCCUGGCUGUAGCCCAAGAGAACGACGGCGUCAGCAAGAUCGUUGCUUGCGGUGAUUACAUCUGGACGGCAACCUCGCGUUCCUCUAUCAAUCGCUGGGCCAGUGUGGACACGGGUCCCGACGUAGAGCUUCCAGAGCCAAUCAUGCGGCAUCGUGCGUCUAUAUCGAGUGCCGUGGGCAGAGAGAGUUCUGGUUCCGCUGCGACCACCUCGACUGCCGCUGUCAACGGAUCAACCCGGAAAGCAAUCCCGGCGAAAUCUAUUCUUAGGAUAUCUAAUACCGCACCAUUCCCAGACAUCCUUACCCAAGACCCGGAGGGUAACGGGGCACCUGCCAUUAGCCGAAAGGGAUCCGAGAUUCUGCCCGAUCCGGUCGUCACCAUCGCGGAGCCGGUGUACCAGCUCCCCGAAGAGACCAUCGAGGGCCAAUUUGGCCUCGUAAAGCACCGCUUAUUGAAUGACAGACGCCGAGUCCUGACACUGGACACGGCUGGGGAUGUCUUGUUAUGGGACCUGAUCAAGUGCGAACCCAUCCAGAGCUUCGGAAAGAGACAUCUCGAAGACGUAGAGCCACAAGUAAACAGGCUAGAGGCUGUCGCGCCGUGGUGUUCGAUCGAUACGAGCUCUGGCAACCUUACCGUCGUCCUUGAGCCUUUCAAUUGUUUUGAUGCGGAGACGUAUGCCGACGAGCUAGUAACGGUUGAACCUAUUGACUUUCGGGAUGAUCAGAGGAUAAAUCUUGGCAAAUGGAUCCUCCGCUAUCUCUUCGCAAACCUCAUUGACGAGGAAAUCAAGCGUGAUGAGGCCCAUAGGCAGAAGUUGAAUGAAGCUGUGGAGAAGAGGAUUGCGGCUUCGCGAGCCAACCCUCCGACCUUGAUUGUUCUCCCUCAGGGUGGUAUGAAUGAUUGGGAAGCGUCGGGCUCGCCUCUCACAACUCCUCGACCAAGUGGUUCUCAGUAUCCUCCCGUGACCCCUGGGUUGGGCAUCGGCCACGCAACUCCUGGAGGACUGCCCGAAGGCCCAACGACUCCAGGAAGCCUUUUGAACCAGCGCACACCCCAGCCCGGUUGCCUGUCGGCGGAGAAGGAGGAUUACUUCUCCAACGGGAUACACUCAGCCGACACGAACCCAAUCACGAAACCUGCCGAAGCUCCAGCGGAGGACAAGACAGCCAAAGGCCCGACCGAGAAUGGCGAGGAGAAGGAGAAAGAAAAGGAGAAAGAAAAGGAGAAAGACAAUGGGAAACAAGGUAGCACGCCGUUCGGCAAGAAAUUCCGAAUGGGCAUGUCCUUUGGCGGAAAGAAACUAGGCCGCUCCGCUUCGACUGCGGCUGUUGAGAAACCGGUUGUCGUGGACGAGAAAGCCGAGGAGUCGGAGUCAUCCUCGAAUCACGAGAAGGAGGUUGACGAUAGCUUCCUGGGCGUGAUUCAGAGGAUCCAUAACGAGUAUGAGAAGCAGCUGGCCGAAAGCCCAGACAGGUUGGUCGAGACGAAGGUCACGCCGAGUCUGCCGAACGACACGCCGGUCCUGAAGCUUCCGCCCGGGACCAAAGUCAUCAUUCAGGAAGAGACGUCUGGGGGUAGCGCGGAAGUCUACCGUGGCACGGUAGCAACGGUGGGCGCGGAUGCUGAUAUCAUUGAGCAGCGAGGACCCAUGUGGCUCGGCGAGGUGCUGCUUACCAACGUCACUCCGCAGAAGGAUCCUGUCAAGGUCUCCUUCGUCCUAUAUCCCUACGAGGACUCGCUCCCGACGAUCAGCGCAGCAGACGGCAACAAUCGGCUUAAUGCAAACAGGAUGCUGCGUGUCAAGAAGAUCCUAGCCUACGUUGCCGAGAGGAUUGACCCCCCGGUCGACCCGGAGAACCCGGACCCUGACGCACUGAAGCCGGAGGAGUAUCUGGAACUGUACUGCAACGAACAGGCAAGUAAUCUGUUCCACAUGGACCGGUUACUGCCUAAUACCAUGAGUUUGGCAACCCUGCGCGCGCAUGUAUGGAAGGGCGGGAAUGAUAUUGUCCUCAAGUACAAGGGAAAUGGCCGGAAGGAGAUACCCGUGCCACAAUUUCAACCGGAUCCCGCCCCUGCCCCCGCCCCUGCUGAGCAGGCCGAACCCGGCCAAGUCGCUGCACAACCAGGGCAGCCCACAAAUGCCUCCUCCUCACACGAGGGAAUAGGACUAGGAUCUGGUAGUGGUUAG